AUGUCUGCUCUGCAGCUAGUCUUCACAUGGCUGGCCCAUUGUCGCCAUUCCUUUACAUUUUCCGCCGACAACAUCAAAUUCCACUACAAUUGUUGCAAGAAUGACGCCUGCUCUGAAGAUGACGGCGGAAAGGGAGUGAUCAUGGAAAUUCCUCGCAGUGAGAUCUCAGUGUCGGCAAAUUUACCUAUGGACAUUGUGACUGGUGGCGGAACGCGCAUGCAGUGUGUGAACGAGGCGAGCCUUGUGGGCAAAAUUGGUAUGAAUUCGCAUGGGUUUGGGUUAUGCGACAACGCAUUGCGGGCGGGAACAAAGACUUCUGACAGACUACCGACGCAUGUCAUGCCGCGUUGGCUCCUUCAGUACACAAAAAGCUUCGAACAAGCGCUCCAGAUGAUUCAGGAAUAUGGCAGUGCUUGCACUUGCAAUUGUAUUCUGAGUGAUAUGAUCAACGAUGGUUUGUUUACCCGCGAGUCCUCCCUGUUGACCAUGCGGGAAUCCAAUUUCGUACGAGGAACACGGGGCCAGUUAUCUGCGGUAAUCAAGAUUGAAUAUGGCAUGGGCUAUAGAUAUGCCGUGGAAGGCUACUGGGCUAGAUAUCUAUCGGUGUGUCAAGCUAGCACUCUGCUCUACAACCCCUCCAUGACAUCAUUUGGGUGA